AAGAUGGCUUUCCCAGGAAAAAUAAAAAAAUCGGAAAAAAAUAGUGAAAAAGUGGAUGUGUAUAGUGAAAAACCAAAUGUUAAAUUAAAGCGCUGAGAAAAUGGUACUUGUAGGAUUAAUGAAUUCUGGGUUUCAUUAACAUAUUAAAGGCGUUAAAUAAGAACGGAAAAACAAAGGAAUAUACAGGAGAGUUGUGUAAAAACGAGGUGAAGAAAUUAGAACGUUAAUGGUAGCAGCGCGCUCAGCUAAGAGAAAAAGAGAGCAUCACCAAGAUUAUAACACCAGAACGAGGAUAAGAAAAUAAGUCWUCUGCCAUCAACGCCGCCGAAUGGAAUUGGCAUAUACCAAUUGUAUGGACAUAAAUUUUCCUGCAGCUGUAUAAACAUGAAUAUUUACUUUGCCCUGCAUACAUACACAAACAUAUGCACAUGCACAUAAAUAAAUACAAAUUAAUAAAGGCUGGUCAAAAACCAAAGAACGUCUUAUAUUAGGGGAAUUUGAAAUUAUCGCUAUAACGAACCAACACAAGCUAUUUGCCCAAGUUAAGGCCGAUAAAAUCGAGUACAUUUUGACAUUAAUAGUAAUACAGAAAUAAGCUAACGACUCCGCACAAUCUUUACAAAAAGCWAAAAAUAAAAAACCAAAAAAAGAGGGAACAAUGACAUCUCGGCUGGAUCGCCUUUUUAUAUUGUUGGAGUCUGGGUCAUCGGCGGUGACGCGUCGUGCGGCAGCGAAACAAAUCGGAGAAGUGCAGAAGUUAUACCCACACGAGCUGCAUGCGUUGUUGAAUCGUCUAAUUGGCUAUUUGCACAGCACUUCGUGGGAUACGCGUAUAGCUGCCUCACAAGCUGUCGAAGCGAUUUUGCAAAAUGUGCCCGCUUGGAAGCCGGAGUUAUAUGCAACCAUAAAGCGUGAGGUCAUUAAGAAAGAGAAGGAUAUAGACGAUGAGUCAGCUAUAGGCUCCACGACUGGCGGUGGUGAGGAUGACAGCUGCCAAUCGGUAGCCACGACCGCCACAACAUCCAGUGAACAAAGCAGCAGUCGUGAUGCGCAGCAGCGUGAACGCCUGUUAUCUUUUKCGGAAUUUGAUUUGGAGCAAAUACUUCAUAAAGGCGCACGUCUUAUCGGCUCCGAGGGCAUGGAAUUCGAUUUGAAUGAAAGUGAUGUGACGAAGUCGACAAAUGAAGGUGCGGCGAAUGCUAAUGCCACAGCUUCAGAGAGGUUGAGUCGUCAACGUGCACUGUUGAAUGAGAAACUAGGUCUGACACAGGCGUCUAAAUUGGGCGUUAACUUAAUGGACAUGAUUACCGAUGAGGAUGUCAUGCCUUCUAAUAAUGGCAGCUCUUACAAUGCCAACGAAGAGAAGGUCCCCGUUGAAGACAUAUUGAACAUAAAGCCCAAUUCACAUCUAAUUCCUUCCAAUGGGCAACAAUUGAGUUGUCGAGAAAUGAAUCGAGCCAAACGAAAGGCGCGACAAAAUAUUAGUAUCACAACCAGUGGCGGUUGUGCCAAUUCAUCCGUUAAUAGUCUUAGCCGCAGCAAUAGCAGUACAAGUAGCGGUUUGGGCACCUGCAAGAAUAGUUGCAGUGUGAGCGAUGAACCAGAGCAUAAGAAAAUGAAAGCAGACUCACUGCAACGGCAAGAAGUUUUCUACACGUUGAAUGAUCCCGUUCCGGAUGCGACUGGUAUGUGGGUGGAUGCCGUCAGUUGGCCUUUGGAAAAUUUUUGUGCACGCCUAUACGUUGAUCUCUUUAAUCCACGAUGGGAGGUACGUCACGGCGCUGCGACUGCGUUGCGUGAACUAAUUAACAAUCACUCCAACGGUGCUGGUAAGGCAAUCGGUAUGUCACGCGAGGAAAUACAGCAGCAUCAUAAUCUCUGGAUGGAGGAUGCAGCCUUGCGUUUGCUCUGCGUACUUUGUUUAGAUCGCUUCGGUGACUUUGUAUCCGACCAAGUGGUGGCCCCAGUACGCGAAACAUGUGCACAAGUUUUGGGUACCAUCGUCAAAGACAUGCAUGCAGAGCAAGUGCAUCAAAUCGUGCAACUAUUGAUGAAAUUGCUAAAACAAAACGAAUGGGAGGUGCGUCAUGGCGGGCUGCUAGGCUUGAAAUAUGUUUUUGUAGUACGUGAAGAUCUAUUGCCGAUUUACGUGCCGCAAACUAUAAGUAAUAUAUUGUUGGCGCUUUUCGAUGUAGUCGACGAUGUGGGCGCUGUUGCUGCGUCGACUUUGAUACCGAUCGCCACGUGGCUACCGAAAUUGCUGAAUCCUGUGCAGGUGUCGUCGAUUGUAAAGAUGCUGUGGGAUCUGCUAUUAGAUCAGGAUGAGUUGACAAGUGCAUGCAACAGCUUUAUGGGAUUGCUAGCUGCGAUUUUGUGUUUGCCAAACGCCGGCUCUUGGAUACAAAUGGAACCAAUGUCUACUUUGAUACCACGACUGUGGCCCUUCCUUUCGCAUAGUACAAGUUCGGUGCGCAAGUCUACUUUGCUUACCCUUCAAACACUCACUGCCAACAAUCUAAGUAAGGAGAAGCUUGAAGCUACGGCCAUCGUUGUGCCCACCACAAGCUCAGCUUCCAUUAACAAUGGCAAUGGUGUAAUUAUGUCGAAUAAGGGAUCUUCAAGUGAUGAAACCGCUACUAUUGCCAUUAAUUUCGACUCGAAAAAAUUGAAUUUAAAUUUGGGUGUCAUCGAUUGGCAGUGGAAGCUUUUGCAGGAUGCCCUACGUUUCAUCUACGAACGUAUUCUAGUCGAACAUCAGCCUGAUAUACAAGAGAUGUCUUGCAAAGUAUGGAACAAUCUCUUGUUUAAUGCUGAUUUGGGAGCACUGCUUCAUGCAGCCUGCCCUAUCGUGUCGUCGUGGAUUUGCUUAGCCAUGCAGCCAGCGCGUUUAGCCUUCGAUUCCUCUAUACUAAUACAUACCACAGCAGCACCACAAAGUCUUCCGGCUAUGUCAGCUGACGGACACUCACCUGCAACAUCCCGCCGACGUACACAACGCGUUACGGAUGACUUAGGUGCUGACUCCACACCGACAACGCAAAGGUAUUUCCUUGGUGGCAGUGAAGGGACACCUUUGGAAGUGCGUGAACGGAAUGUGAUACGUGCUCGUGUACUAGCAGCUCGAGUACUAGGAGCACUUUCCAAAUAUCUAGUGCAACCUGCUCCCGGUGUGGCGUACACACCUAAUAUGGAAUCACCGAUGGACUGUUAUACCAAAGUGCUGUUAGGUCAUUUAAAUUCACGGUCAGCGGUGCAGCGCAUUGUGUGUGGUCUAAUCAUUGCUUUCUGGGCGCAACUCGACCAAUCAAUGCAUAUGGCUGCACCCAAAUUGGCUGAAAAACUCCUCACAUGUGUCAUGGAGUAUGUAUAUUAUGACGAAGUAGCCAUUUCAUUUACGAGACUUCAUCAAGAGGCUCAUGAUCUCAUUGCCACACUAAAACAAUAUAAAAUUGUCAUAAACGAUUUCAACAAUGCGCGCGUUCUCACAUUGGAACAAAUUGAAGCCAUUGCCACCACUCUCACAGAGGGUUUGCAUCAAUAUGCGCUAAAGCCGAAAUUAUUGGAAACACUCGAAGAGCGUAGGCGCGGUUUACAAAACUCUUUUGCUCAGACUACAGCGGAGCAGUGCGCGUACAAUAUAAGCGCACAAGCGGCAUUAGCUGCUGCCAUUGUGGGUAUGCAAUGUCUGCCGGAGAAACUUAAUCCGAUAGUUAAACCGCUCAUGGAAUCAAUAAAACGGGAAGAGUGCGAGUUGUUGCAAAAUCUUUCGGCGGAGUUCCUAGUACAGCUAAUGCAUCAAGUGUGUGAUAGAAAUCCUAGUCCCAAUAGUAAAAUACUUACUAACUUAUGUACGCUACUGAGGAGCGAUCCUCAGUUUACACCGAAAAUUAUUUUAAGCCCAUUGACAUUGAAACAGACUCCCUUGCCGGAGUCGGCAGCAGUCACAAACAAUUGUGUAUAUUAUGGGAUUUUAACUUUAAGUCUUCAACAAAAUAAUAUACAAAUUGGUGGUACUGGUAACCGUGGCGUUGCUGCGAGUGCUCCUCGUGGACCUGGUAGGCCGCCMCUAAAUGAAACGCUUGCCACAACAGAAAUUGGCACCAAUGCUGUAAAUGCGGUGGAAGUGAAGCAGAACCGCAUUCAGCGCAUGGGUGCAUCAUGUGCCAUAUCGAAGAUUUGCCUAGGCUUUAAGAUGAAUAUUUUCUCAAAGAUACCAGUUUUCCAACAUAUUCUCUUUACUAAAAUUGAACAGUUCAUAAAUAAUUAUCCAAAUAUGGAACUUUUAUCGAAUGUACCCUUAGAUUUAGCCCAAACAAAUGAUAUAAUCACAUCACUGCAGUUAAUCGAAAUUGCAGCGCCACACUUUUUGCACUUUGCGAGCGAUGCUUCAGCAAAAGACGAAGUGCUCAAGCGGCUGUUUUCGUUGCUGCCACAUUUCACUGUUCUCAUCACGCACCCCUUGAAGGCGGUACGUCACAUGGUCGCACGCUGUAUUGCAGCCCUCGCAGCAGCAGAUUUGGUGCGCACCAUGCACUUUGUGCUCGAUGUACUACUUGGCAUGCUGGUUAACAUUGAGAAUGUAAUCCAGCGUCAGGGUGCGAUUGAAGCUAUUGAACGUGUGGUAGACAAGCUGCAGCUGUGUAUUGUGCCUUAUACCGUGCUUCUAGUCGUUCCAUUGUUGGGUUGCAUGAGUGACCCAGAUGAAUCUGUGCGCCUGCUUUCCACGCAUUGUUUCGCUACACUCAUUCAGCUGAUGCCAUUAGAUUCGCGCAGCAAAUGCAUCAAAAACGAGAUUCCUUCUGCAGAAUUGCAGCAGCGUAAGAUACGCGAUCGCGAAUUUCUCGAUUAUCUUUUCACGCCAAAAAGUAUACCCGACUACAAAGUACCGGUAACAAUUUCCGUGGAGCUUCGUUCUUACCAACAGGCUGGCGUGAAUUGGUUAUGGUUCCUUAACAAAUACAAUUUGCAUGGAAUACUCUGCGAUGACAUGGGCCUGGGAAAGACAUUGCAAACCAUUUGCAUACUCGCCGGCGAUCACUAUCAACGUCAUGUAGACAAAGCCACAUCACUGCCRAGCUUGGUGAUUUGUCCACCCACUCUCACUGGCCAUUGGGUAUACGAAGUCGAAAAAUUUAUACAAAAGUCGAACAUUUUGCGGCCACUGCAUUACGUGGGAUUGCCCAUUGGGCGUGAAAAACUGCGUUGCCAAAUUGGUGCAUGUAACUUGGUAGUGGCAUCAUAUGAUACAAUACGCAAAGAUAUAGAUUUCUUCAAUACCAUACACUGGAACUAUUGUGUGUUGGAUGAAGGACACAUCAUAAAGAAUGGCAAAACCAAAAGUUCAAAGGCUAUUAAGAUGCUCAAAGCUAAGCAUCGUUUGAUACUUUCAGGUACUCCCAUACAAAACAACGUACUGGAGCUGUGGUCACUAUUCGACUUUCUCAUGCCCGGUUUUCUUGGCACUGAGAAGCAGUUUAUUGCACGCUACAGCCGACCAAUACUUGCUUCUCGUGAUUCCAAGAGCUCCUCAAAAGAGCAAGAAGCCGGCGUUCUUGCAAUGGAGGCAUUACAUCGGCAGGUGUUGCCAUUCYUAUUGAGACGCGUAAAGGAGGAUGUAUUGACUGAUUUACCACCGAAAAUAACCCAAGACUUAUUGUGCGAAUUGAGUCCAUUGCAAGAGCGUUUGUACGAGGACUUCAGUCGUACACAUUUGAAUUCUCAUUGGAAGGAUUGCCUGCAGAGUAUGGGCGAUAGUGACAGCAUUAGUAAAAAGGCRCACAUUUUCCAUGAUUUGCGUUAUCUACAGAACGUAUGCAAUCACCCGAAACUGGUGCUCACGCCAAAGCAUUCGGAGUACGGGAAGAUAACAUUGGAGUUGCAGAAACAGCAAAGCUCACUGGAUGACAUCGAACACUCGGCGAAAUUACCGGCACUGAAGCAAUUAUUGCUCGAUUGCGGCAUUGGUGUUCAGACGGAAUCGGUCAGUCAGCAUCGCGCGCUAAUUUUCUGUCAAUUGAAAGCUAUGUUAAAUAUUGUCGAGAAUGACUUGCUACGCAAACACUUGCCGUCCGUUACGUACUUGCGCCUGGAUGGCAGCGUGCCAGCAUCCUUAAGACAACAAAUUGUAAACAACUUCAACACCGAUCCGAGUAUCGAUGUGCUACUACUAACCACACAGGUUGGUGGCCUCGGUUUAAAUUUGACUGGCGCAGAUACAGUAAUAUUUGUUGAGCACGAUUGGAAUCCAAUGAAAGAUCUACAAGCCAUGGACCGGGCUCAUCGCAUUGGCCAGAAAAAGGUAGUGAAUGUAUAUCGUUUGAUAACUGAAAAAACGCUUGAGGAAAAAAUAAUGGGUCUGCAGAAGUUCAAAAUACUCACCGCGAAUACAGUGGUUAGUUCGGAGAAUGCAUCGUUGGAGACGAUGGGCACGGGUCAGUUAUUUGACUUGUUCAAUGCAAAUGUUAAUGAUAAAACUGGAUCAAGUGGUGCGCCAAUGUCGAAUACGAGCGCUGGUGGUCAAAUGUCUAUGAAUGCUAUCAUUGAAUCUCUACCAGAGCUAUGGUCAGAACAGCAGUAUGAUGAAGAGUAUGAUGUGUCCAAUUUCGUGCAGGGUUUAAAAAAAUGAGUUCGUAAUAGAAAAAAUAAACUUGGACAUAAGAAAUGGAUAUAUUAAAAAAAUGAUACAAUACGAUAUGCAUUGAUUCCAAAUUUAAUGCCUCCACACACAAAUUGACAUAAUGCAGAAACUUUUAUAGAAAUCACUGGAUUUUAAACAUAGUUUAGUUUCUAAGAUUUCUUCCGUUUUUUUUACUAUUAUCAAUCUAAUAUUUCGAAAAGUUAGUUAAGUGUCCAAUAUAAUCCUUUAAUGUGCUCCUUUUUACUUAUUUGAAAAAAUUAUGAGAAAUUUGUAUUUUUUUUCAUUUUUAAUGUUUUCUUGUUAACUCGCUGCUUCUCUUUUCUAUAUCUAUUUUAAUACAAUCGUUAAAUGUGCUCUUUUUUAGUUAUCUGAACAAUUAUGAGAAAUUUGUAUUUUUAAUUCUUAAUGUUCGUUUGUUUUUUUGUUAAUUAUAUCCCAUAAAAAAUUUCGCUGCUCUUCUUUUUUAUAAUCUCUUUAAAUAGUGCAAGGUUCGAUUGUACUUUGGAGUGGCUAUAGCGGAUUAAAAAAUAAAUUCCAAUAAAAACAAAAGAAAAUUGAAA